AUGCAGCAGGUCGGCGUCGGCACUGCCAGCACCCAGCCACUCGUCGCGUCUCCCCCGCCUCCCAGAAGCCACGCCGGAGACGAUCCCCGCCGCCGGCCUGCCCAGGCCCAGAUCUGGGCCGAGUGGACGACACCAGAUCGCGCCGCCACGCCGCCCAGCUAUCCGCCUGCGUCGCACCACGGAGCCCCGCCGCCACGCCAGACCGUCGCCGCCGAAGUGCACCCCCCGGAGCAGCUCCGCCCGCGCCGGAGAGCGACCGGGAGGGGAAGGGCAGGGAGGCCGCCGCCACCAGCAGCCCCGGGGCCAGGCCGGCUGCGGGCGCCGGCGACGGCGGCGGGAGGGAGGGAGGGAGGGGGGCUGGAGGGAGGAGGAAGGACGCGCGGCCGGCUGCGGGAAAUCGACAGGCCAAUCAAGCUGCCAGAUGACGUGCUGCUCAACAUCGUGGAGAGGAUGAGCACGCUCGACGCCAUUAGAACCUGCAUCAUCUCAAAGGAAACACUCAAGCUCCUGACGAUGCUGUCACAGAUCAUCAUCGUCAUUGGCACCACCGAACUGCUCCGAAUCAACGGCGUUGUGGCUGACGUGACCAGCAUGAUCCUGCGAACAAGGGCUCCGCAGAUCCCCAUACGCAACCUGAAGCUCAAGUUCAUCCUGAGAGGCGACGACCAUCUCAAGAUCGGCAGAUCUGUCGCCCUCGCCAUGGUGACGCAGGAGAUUGACGUGGCAGAGUUCGAGAUCCUGACGAACAAGGGUUCUUAUGAUUGCACUCGAGCGGAUCUCCUCUUCUUUGCAACUCAGUUCAAGGCUUUUAUUGGCGAGUGUCCAGAUGCAUUUGGUGGCCUCACACGGUUGCAUCUGCAGAAUCUGAGGUUUGGUGAGUCAGACAUACCAAACAUCCUCAUCACUUGCAAGCGGCUAGAAUCGUUGCAUUUUUUCUUGUGUGAUGCAGGGCCACGUUCAGUACUGAGCGUAGAACACGCUCGACUCAUCGAGCUUGAUAUCACCCAUGGGUAUUUCAGUACAGUAGAGCUUAAGUAUCUACCAAAACUCCAACGGAUGAGCUAUAAUAAUUGGCACUAUGCUAAGAACCCCCUGGUUCUUGGUUUUGUCCCUCAGCUUUCGGAGCUAGGCCUCGCUAAUGCUUAUGUUAAUACAGACAGAACCAUCAGAAUAAGCCAGCUGCUUAUUAAUGGCUCACUGAUACGCAGUAUGUAUUUGGACUUUCGAAGUGGAAAGAUUUGGGUUCAACCAGAAUGCCAGAAGUUGCUUGCGCCAGUGCUUGGCAAUCUACGUCUUGUGAAUCUGGAUAAUCUUCCUGAAGAAUGUGAUAUCGCUUGGACAUUGUUCUUUCUUGAAGCUGCACCGUCCCUAGAGGAGCUUUGCAUCAUAGUAUGGGAUCACAAGUGCCACAUAGAUUCACGACAGAGUUACUCCAAGAAAACGGAUUUGAAGUGGGAACCAUCCACCGCAGAUUUCAAGCACAAGAAUCUGGCCAAGCUUACCAUCCACGGCUUUGAGUCCAACGACAGCUUCACGAGAUAUGUCACGCACUUCAUGAAAGCAGCGGUGAACAUCCGGGUGGUAUCUCUGCACGACAAGAAAGUCUGCAAGCACUGCACUGGUAAAUUCAGUCAUGUCAAGGUUCGCCCUUCGAGCUAUCCACAAACCGAUGAGGAGAAAGACCUUUUGAGUAGGAAGAUUACAGGGUCGUUGGUGGCAACUUCUCAUGCUUAUGUUCUGUGUAGUGUUAGAGUUCAUCUUGCUUGUUACAUCGAGGAGUGUAGGGCUUUAGCCAUCGGGAGGGGUGACGAAGAUACUGAUCUUGCUCGUCACGGCAAUGAGGGUUAUUUGUAUGGUGUUCUGUUUAGUCAUGGUCGGGUGAUGAGCAAAUUCCAUGGUCCUUCCUGGGAAGGAUUGGUUAUUCCUAGUAUUGUUGUGAGGAGUUUGAAGGAGUUCGUGUCAAUUCCUAGGACUGUAGUUUUAACUCUUGGAGUUACUUUGGAAACUCGUGAUGAUGAUGAUAUAUAUGUGAGCACUCCUUGCUCCUACUUCAUUGGCUUGGGUAAUAGAAUGGUGUUCAAAGAGGAAGGGUUCAGUGAUUUUCUCCAGACAUCUUCUAUUGAAGUAAACAGCUUGGUGCUGAUAACUUUCAAAGAGCGUGAUGGGAGGCUUAUUGUUAUCUUCAAUCUUCUGUCGCGGUGA